UCUCUCUCUCUCUCUCUCUCUUUGUUCUGUGAAAAUGGUGGUCGUGAAACAAAAAGUCAACACUUUGAUCUUAUUACUCAUUGCAUCACUACUCUCGAUCGUAGCUGAAUCCAACAAAUGGGUCGGUUCUAAAUACCAAAUCGAAUGCACAAUGUGUGCCGCCUGUGAUAACCCAUGUAAUCAACCCACCCCCUCUCCACCACCACCGUCGCCUUCCCCACCACCACCAUCGGUACCCAAACCCUCCUCACCGACAACACCAAUUUGCCCUCCUCCGCCUUCUACCCCAACCUCCGGUGGCGGUGGCGGCAGCGGCUACUAUAAUCCACCUCCACCAAGCUCUCAGGGCCCUUACUACACCUACCCACCACCGCCGUACAACAACAACUACCCUACCCCAGAACCUCCUAACCCAAUUAUGCCUUACUUUCCCUACUACUAUUACAGUCCUCCGCCUCCUUCAUCCUCCGCCGUGUCAAUUGCCGGAACAACCACUCUCUUCUUACUCAACUUCAUUUUGGUCUGGUUCUUUUAGUUUUCUGAAAAUUUGAACUGAAGAAUAAAAAGCGUCAGGGUUCACAGAUCUACAAAAAGAUCAGGCAAGAUUCGAGAUUGAUGAAUUCCCAGAAAUACCCAUCAAGCGUUGAUCAAUUUACGGAGGAGUUCGUUGGAAUCUUGAUGAUGAUGGCUGAAAGUGGAAACGCACUCUCUGUCUGUCAAGUAAUCUGUAAAUUCUUGAAAGUAUAUGUCUCUUUUGGUAAUUUUACUGUCUAUUUUAGCCUUAAAUAUUUUACAUUAAUGGUUAAGUAACAACCAAAAUUUCCCCAUAAUUAUUAAAUUUCAAUCUGCUUUAUAU